AUGUCAGACAUCAAGGUUGCCCUCAUAACUGGCUGCUCCUCAGGCGGUCUCGGUGCCGCCCUUGCCAUCGCGCUCAAACCCAUCGGCUAUCGCGUGAUCGCAACAGCCCGCAACACAUCUAAACUAGAAGAAACCCGUGCAGCAGGCAUCGAAGACCUCGAACUCGACGUCCUCUCACCAAAAUCAAUCUCAGCAUGUGUCGAGAAGCUCACCGCACUAACCGGUCGACUCGAUCUUCUCGUCAAUAAUGCCGGUAGUAGCUACUACAUGCCAGUAAUGGACAUCGACGUUGCCAAAGCCAAAGAAGUAUUCGAUCUCAAUGUCUGGAGUCUUGUCAACGUCUCACAGGCUUUCCUACCUUUACUCCUGAAAAGUCCAGGCGCGAAGAUUGCCAAUAAUCUCAGUAUCGCGACGUAUCUCGGUCUGCCUAUACAAGCGACAUAUAACGCGUCGAAAGCGGCAGCGAACCAGAUUACAGAAUCGAUGCGUCUUGAGCUUGCGCCGUUCGGAGUUAAAGUCAUUGCGUUGCUCACCGGGAGUGUCAAGUCGAAUCUGUUUAACAAUUUACCUCGCAACCCACCAUUACCUGAAAACAGCAUAUACCGUGUCGUGCCUGGCGGGCUGACUAUGAUGAAUGAUCCUGCUAAACUCAUGACGAAGGAGAGUGAUAUGGAUGCGCAGACGUGGGCUGGACAGGUCGCUGCUGAGCUCGUGAAAGUGAAUCCGCCGCAUCAGAUUUGGAGGGGUUCUCAUGCGACUAUGGCGAAGGUUGCAUGUCAUUUUCCGGUGGGCAUGUUUGAUGGGCAGGUGUAUCAGCAGACGAAGUUUGAUGAGGUUGAGAGGGCGUUGAAAGUGGGGAAGACGUCAUAA